ACCCGGAAGUGGAGUCCAAAACAGCAGCUCUGACGGUUUUGAGGGUUUUCUCAGAUAAAAAGAUGCAGCUAAACUUCACUAAAGAUGUUUUAUCGGACUUUGUCAGCACCGACUUUCAGAACCUGAACAAACUAAACGAGCAGCAAUAUCUUCGUCUGAUUGAAAUUCUGUUCCAGUUCCUGCUAGAGCCUAAAGAGACAGAGAGGUUCAUGCAGCAGCUCGGUGAGUUUGCAGGGCAACAUGGGAUGAGUGCUGGUCCUCUGAAAAACCUGAUGAAGAGCGUCCUCCUGGUACCACAGGGCGCCAUGAAGAAAAGCCUGACAGCCGAGCAGAUCAGAGAGGACUUUGUGUCAUUAGGGCUAAACGAGGACAAGGCGGCUCACUUUUCACAACAGUGGGGGGAGCACUCUGCAGCGCUGUGCAGCCUCGCUGUGGGACAGACUCUGAUGGUCAACCAGCUGGUGGACAUGGAGUGGAAGUUCGGAGUGACUGUCGGCACCAGUGAAGUACAAAAAGUGGGCAACAUCUUUCUUCAGUUGAAGCUGGUGGUCAGAAAGGGGAAUUCCACUGAAAACGUUUACAUGGAGUUGACACUCCCACAGUUUUACAACUUCCUACACGAGAUGGAGAGAGCCAAGGCCAGCAUGGAGUGUUUCAGCUGAGUGUGUGUGUGUGUGUGUGUGUGUGUGUGUGUGUGUGUGUGUGUGUGUGUGUGUGUGUGUGUGUGUGUGGUGUGUGUGGUGUGUGUGUGUGUGUGUGUGUGUGUGUGUGUGUGUGUGUGUGUGUGUGUGUGUGUGUGUGUGUGUGUGUGUGUGUGUGUGUGUGUGUGUGUACGUGUACGUAGCUGCAGGGCAGUGAGUGUGGAAUGUACCACGUCAUGUUCUGUGUCUUUGUGUGGCAAAAUGACUGAAUCUAAACAUAAAAAUACAAUUGAUUUACUGCCAAACAUUUGUACUGAAAUAUUCUUAAAAUAAAAAAAUGAAAACACACA